AUUCCAAUAUUCCGGUCGUUUUGUGCUAUGUUUACAGAGAUAUCCUGUUCUUCUAGGAAUUGGAUGACUUGAACAUAUGGGGCCUUAACAUUUUCCGAAUUUCCGAGUUCUCGAACAACCGGCCGCUCAGCUGCAUCAUGUACGCUAUUUUCCAGGAGAGAGACUUGAUGAAGACCUUCAGGAUUCCAGUUGACACUUUCCUCACAUACAUAAUGACACUGGAGGAUCAUUACCAUGCUGAUGUCGCGUACCACAACAGUUUGCAUGCAGCUGAUGUUACUCAGUCCACACAUGUACUGCUGUCUACCCCAGCCCUCGAUGCCGUCUUUACCGAUCUAGAGACACUCGCUGCAUUGUUUGCUGCUGCAAUUCACGAUGUGGAUCACCCAGGCGUUUCCAAUCAGUUCCUCAUCAACACCAAUUCUGAGCUGGCACUAAUGUACAAUGAUGAAUCUGUCCUGGAGAACCAUCACCUCGCUGUGGGCUUCAAACUGCUCCAGGAGGAAAACUGUGACAUAUUCCAGAAUCUCCCCAAACGACAGCGGCAAAGUCUACGCAAGAUGGUCAUUGACAUGGUUCUGGCAACAGACAUGUCAAAACACAUGAGUCUCCUCGCAGACCUGAAAACUAUGGUAGAGACAAAGAAAGUGACGAGCUCAGGGGUCCUCCUGCUUGACAACUACACUGACAGGAUCCAGGUGAUGAGAAAUAUGGUUCACUGUGCUGACCUGAGUAAUCCUACCAAACCACUGGAGUUGUACCGGCAGUGGACAGAUCGCAUCCUGGAAGAGUUUUUCCGUCAGGGAGACAAAGAAAGAGAGCGCGGCAUGGAGAUCAGCCCAAUGUGUGACAAACACACAGCCUCAGUGGAAAAGACGCAGGUGGGAUUCAUUGACUACAUAGUGCACCCACUGUGGGAGACAUGGGGUGACCUCGUGCACCCUGAUGCCCAGGAUAUCCUGGACACACUUGAGGACAACAGGUACUGGUACCAGAGUAUGAUCCCACAGAGCCCCUCACCACCACUGGAUGACCCCAGCCAGGGAGAAGAGGUUUGCACUGACAAGUUCCAGUUUGAACUGACACUGGAGGAAGAAGAGGAAUCAGAUCGA